UGGGACUCCUCCCGACAUCUUUCUUCACGUCAACCGUCAUUCUCACGCAACGGGCCACCAGUGCACCGGUCAGACCCAUCCAAAAACAUCUCUCUCUCUCUCUCUCACCGCUCGGCUGGUGAUAGUCCUCGCGGCGGCACACCUCUGCCCAGCACGGAAACUCACUAGGCAACGAAGCCGCCCGACCUCGCGCCUCGAAACGCGGACACACACACAUACACACACCUCUCUGCCCAACAUGCCGAAAGCAGAGAUCGGGUCGACCAAGUACCUGGCGAACAAGAUGAAGUCCAAGGGCCUGCAGCGGCUGCGGUGGUACUGCCAGGUGUGCGAGCGGCAGAUGCGCGACGAGAACGGGUUCAAGAUGCACACGCAGUCCGAGUCGCACGUGCGGCAGAUGCUGGUGGUCGGGGAGAACACGAAGAAGUUCCUGGGCGAGUACAGCGAGCAGUUCAAGCGGGACUUUGUGCAGCUGCUGCGGACGAGCCACGGGGAGAAGCAGGUCCAGAUCAACCACUUCUACCAGAGCUACAUUGCCAACAAGGAGCACGUGCACAUGAACGCGACCAAGUGGCCGAACCUGACCGAGUUUGCCAAGUACCUCGGCCGCGAGGGCGUCUGUCGGGUAGAGGAGAUUGAGGGGAAGGGCCUGCAUAUCGCCUGGAUCGACGACUCGCCGGACGCGCUCAGGAGGAGGGACGCGAUCAGGAGGAAGGAGAUGCAGGACAAAGGCGACGAGGAGCGCGAGCAGAGGAUGAUCAGGGAGCAGAUCAAGCGCGCGAAUAGAGAGGCUGGGGCACGGGGAGACGCCGCGGACAAAGAUGGCGAUGAAGCAGCGGUGGAGGAAGAGGAGGAGGAGCAGCAGCAGCGGCGGCAGAGGGAGCUGAAGCGUGAGGAGGGCGCCGAGAAGAUCAAGUUGUCGUUCGGCGCGAAGCCGGCAGCCAAGUCGUCCGACUCGACGCCGACAACAUCCUCCGCGCAGGCGACGCCGGCACCAACGAAGGAGGCAGCCGACAAGCCGAAGGACGAGGGAAAGGCCGCGCCAGCGACCGAGAAGCCAGCAGCUGCCGCGCCAAUCAGCAUGAAAAUCACCGCCAGACCUCAGACGAAGAAUGUCUUCGCGGCAGCAAAGAAGAACAACGCGCUUGCCGGAGGGACCAAGAAGCCCUCAUCAGCAUUUGAGCAGCCCAAGAAGAUGAGCGAGGCAGAGCGCAUCAUGAAGGAGGAGAUGGAAAGGAAACGCGGGAGAGGUGCCGCAGGGUUUGGUGGUGGAGAGUCUCACAACAAGCGCCCGAGGAUGUGAGUCUAUCUUAUCGGGCCUCAACAUAUUCUCCUGUUAUCCUGGGACAUAUUUAGCGAAGGCGUUCACGGAGAUUGUUCAGCUUGAGGGGUAUCUUUUUAAAUGGUUGCCGGGCGUUGGGUUGCCGGAUUCCCCCAGCAGUGUAUGCAUGGUGCGCCAACAUCAUUAUGAUGGAGUGGCUGUUUCCACAACGACAGCCACACAUUCCAAUGCAGCGGCCUUAAUCUUCGAACCAUUGCAAGAAUGGAAGACCCCAUUUGAGCAUUGCGAUCCGAGCCACGAACCUGAAUGCUUGCAUCAUGGGGCCUGGGCGGCUUCUUA